UGUUGGUAGUAGUCGCCUUUGGCUGGCACUCGCUUCACCGUUGGCUCAAUUUAGAACCGCACAAUCGGCCAAAGAUUCAGUCAGGUGCGAAGCACCGAACGAUACAGACGUGUACGUCUCUCACUGUGAGCCAAGUUUCAUUUUUGAAGAUCUGUUAACCCAAAGAAUGAAAAAUAAAAUAGAAAUAUUCUAUUAAUCGAUCAGUUGGAAUCAAACAAAAAUAUAUAUUUCGUUUGCUCGCGAAACUCUCUCUCUCCCUCUCUUUCUCGCUCACGGCCACUUGUGCAGUGCUCGACCAAAAUUUAUGAGAAAUAUUUAAACAAACUGUUGGCCCGUUCGCCAAGUGAAUAAAGUGCAUUUAGACCAAAGUAAAGAGCCAGUGUUCAAGGCCAAUAUGAAUCAUUUGUCACCGCCACCAUCGCCGCACUCGCAGCCAAGUCCAGCGGGCUACGCGGGUCCAUCGCUGGACAAGCAAUGGAUGCAGCGGGCCUCAGCCUUCAAUACUGUGAUAGCAUCAGCAGCAGCCCACAAAUUGAAUAACCGAGAUCUGCCCUUCCUUUACAAUCCGCUGCUCUACUCGAGCGCUCUGCUCUGGCCACAAUUUUUGCUCUCCUCGGCCUCAGCGCUGGGAACACCUUUAACACCCAUGACUCCGAAAUCGCCCGCCUCGCUUGUGCUGAACCAAAAGGAUCGCGACUAUGCGCUGACACCCGAAAAGGAUCAUGAGCUGCAGCACAAUAACAACCUGAAAGAAAACAAAGAAUUGCUGCUGCAGCAGGAUGAGGAAAUGCCUCUGAAUCUGAGCACCAAGCAGCGCGCUAGAGAUGAUUCGGAUCAGGAUCAUGAUCACGAUCAAAACAGCAGCAGCAGCAGCAGUAGCAGUGGCAGUCUAAGCGGAGCCAGCCUCAGUGAUGCUGAUCAAUCGUUGCAAUUGGGCACACUCAGCAAUGCCACGCCCCCUCCAUUGAGAGCAGUCAAUCUAAAGACAGUUAGCUCGGCAACUCCACAGCAGCGUCGAUCGCAGGGGAAUAUCAUUUGGUCCCCAGCUUCAAUGUGCGAGCGCUCGACACGGCGUGAGGCAUUGGAGGCGACUGCAUCGGCAGAGGAGUACGAUGAGCAGCAUGUGGAUCCCAUAGUGCGUAAAUUUAAAUACGAGCGACGAUCGGCUGCAUCAAUAUCCUCACAACAGUCGCCGCUAUCCUCGCUGGUGUCCUCGCAUACAAAUGUCGCACAGGAUCUGGACUUUGAUACAGCACAGCAGCAGCUGUAUGCGCAUCGCAGCGCCUUCAUGGCCGGUCUCACUGGCAACAAUCUGGAGUUGCUCACACAGCACCUGAAGACGCAGCAGCAGCAACAACAACAGCAGCAGCAACAACAGCAGCAACAGCAACAACAGCAUAAGUCGGCUAAGAGCGAGGCAGUUGCCGAGCAGGACAGCAACCGUUCGGCAGCGGCUCUCAUGGGUCUUGUGGCAGCCGCCGAGUUUGGCUAUAUGCGUAAUCAACACCAGCAACAGCAACAGCAACAGCAACACACGACCAAGCACCAACAGCAGCAACAACAGUUGCAUCUACAUCAUCAUCAUCAUCAGCAACAGCAGCAGCAGCAGCAGCAGCAACAUCCUGAUUCAACUGCCACAGAUGUUGCGCGUCGUUCGUCCUCCUCAUCAUCGUAUCAAGGCGAGUGCGAGGAGAAGCGCAGUGGAAGAAAUUUUCAGUGUAAACAGUGCGGAAAGUCGUUCAAGCGCUCGUCAACUCUAUCCACACAUCUGCUCAUACACAGCGAUACCCGGCCAUAUCCCUGCCAGUAUUGCGGCAAGCGAUUCCAUCAGAAGUCCGAUAUGAAGAAGCACACCUACAUACAUACGGGUGAGAAGCCGCACAAAUGCACCGUUUGCCUAAAGGCCUUCAGUCAGAGCUCCAAUCUGAUCACGCAUAUGCGCAAACACACCGGCUACAAGCCCUUUGGUUGUGGACUCUGCGAUCAGUCGUUCCAGCGGAAGGUGGAUCUGCGACGUCAUCGUGAGAGUCGCCACGAGGAGGCAGUUGGCGCUUUGACGCCGCCUGCCAUCAAAAUGGAGGUCAGCAGCAGCAGUUGCUAAUCGAUCUGACAAUCUGUAGAUAAAUAGAUAUAGCCCGUAUCAGCUGAGACACACGCCAGACCCAGUAGGAUUAGCCGAAACACGAAACCCGUAACCCGUAACCCGAAACCAGUUAACACGUUGGUCGUCUAAGUCGUCGCUAUAAAGCCAAAGUUUGUUUUGUUUAGGCACCCAAAAUAUACAUGUACGUAUUGUUAGGGGAAUCGAUUGAACAUUUCUCCCGCACUAGUUGUUUUGCUAAGAUAUAUUUCUGCUCAAUUUUAGACCUAAGAUUUGUACAUAUAUUGACAAAACACACACAAGACUUUUCUAAACUGUAGACCUAAAUAUAUGAC